GACCACAUUACCCAGAAUGCCGAGCUGCGUCGAUAAACAGAGCCCUGUCAAAGAGCACAAACGCCAUCUUGACACCAACCUCAAAAUGGCAGAAAGAUGUGUCGGAAACUGGGUCCAAACUAAGAUUCGGGUGCCCCGCGACCGAAAGCCCGGUUCGCCGCUUUCUCAGUAAGCAAGUCGGUAUGGAGUUGGCGUGCGGUGCCGCAGCACAGAGCCUGUAAAAUGGAUAUAGCGGUGGCGGUGUUCAACGCGGCCAGAGAUGGUAAGCUGAAACUUAUCCAGAAGUUGCUGAGCAACAAAACUCCCGAGGAGCUGGAGGCUUUGGCGGAGGAGAAGACGCAGGGCAGCACGGCGCUGCUCAUCGCCUCCCGGUACGGACACCUGGAGGUGGUGGACUACCUGCUCGAACACUGCAGGGCUAACGUGGAGCUCGGGGGCUCGGUCAACUUUGACGGCGAGACCAUCGAGGGGGCCCCGCCGCUGUGGGCGGCUUCGGCGGCGGGUCACCUGGCCGUGGUGAAGACGCUCCUGAAACACGGCGCCUCGGUCAACAACGCCACGCUCACCAACUCCACGCCGCUGCGGGCCGCCUGCUUCGACGGCCACCUGGAGAUCGUGCGCUACCUGGUGGAGCACCGCGCGGACAUGGAGGUGGCCAACCGCCACGGCCACACCUGCCUCAUGAUCUCCUGCUACAAGGGCCACAAGGAGAUCGCCAAGUUCCUGCUGGACCGCGGCGCCGACGUCAACCGGAAGAGCGUGAAGGGCAACACGGCGCUCCACGACUGCGCCGAGUCGGGCAGCCUGGACAUCAUGAAGCUGCUGCUGAAGUGCAACGCGCGCAUGGAGAGGGACGGCUACGGCAUGACCCCGCUGCUGGCCGCCAGCGUCACGGGCCACACCAACAUCGUGGAGUACCUGGCCCACCAGCCGCGCACGUCCAGGGAGGAGCGCGUGGACGCGCUGGAGCUGCUGGGGGCCACGUUCGUGGACAAGAAGCGGGACCUGCUGGGAGCCAUGCGCUACUGGAGGAGAGCCAUGGAGCUGAGGCAGGCGGGCGACGAGGACGGGUCGCUGCUCAAGCCUGCGCCCGGGCCCCCCGUGCCCGCCUACGGCUGCGCGCAGGAGGUGGGCACCGCCGAGGAGCUGGAGGCGUUGAUCACGGACCCGGACGAGAUGAGGAUGCAGGCCCUGCUGGUCCGCGAGCGCAUCCUCGGGCCGUCCCACCCGGACACGUCCUACUACAUACGGUACCGGGGCGCCGUGUACGCCGACUCGGGCAACUUCGAGCGCUGCAUCAGCCUGUGGAAGUACGCCCUGGACAUGCAGCAGAGCAACCUGGACCCCCUCAGCCCCAUGACGGCCUCCAGCUUCCUCUCCUUCGCCGAGCUCUUCUCCUUCGUGCUGCAGGACCGCGCCAAGGGCACCCUGUCCACCCGCGUCACCUUCCAGGACCUGAUGACCGUGCUGGGCAAGAGCGUGCGGGAGGUGGAGCGGGCCGUGGCGCAGAGGGACAACCCCCCCGAGGCGCCGCAGUUCAACAAGGCCCUCGCCAUCAUCCUCCACCUGGUCUUCCUGCUGGAGAAGCUGGAGUGCAGCCCCGAGCAGGAGCACCAGAAGAAGCACACGGUCUACCGGCUGCUCAAGCUCAACCCGCGCGGCCGCAACGGCUUCGCCCCGCUGCACAUGGCCGUGGACAAGGACACCACGUCCGUGGGCCGCUACCCGGUGGGCCGCUUCCCCUCCCAGGCGGUGGCGGCGCUGCUGCUGGAGUGCGGCGCCGACGUGGACUCGCGGGACUGCGAGAACAACACGCCGCUGCACGUGGCGGCCCACAACGGCUGCCCGGAGAUCAUGGCGCUGCUGGUGAAGGCCGGGGCCCACUUCGACGCCACGAACGCUCAGAGGAGGACGGCCUACGAGCUGCUGGACGAGCAGAGCAGCGGCCACCCGGCGCUCUGCCCGCUCAACUACGUCACCCUGCAGUGCCUGGCGGCCCGCGCCAUCGAGAAGCACCGGCUGCCGUACCGGGGACUGAUCUCCGAGGAGAUGGAGGCUUUCAUCGAGCUCCACUGACGGCUCCCCCCCCUCCGCUAACGAACGCUCUGCGUCGGUCGUCGGCGCCGCUCCUGGUUCUAACAAGCGUGUUUCAGACCAAACCGUAGCAAUAAACCUGCACCCUGUGGAAGUAGUCUCUGCUUCAGAUCUGGGUUUCAUUCUCUUUUUCUUUUAACGAAGUCCCAAAAACGUUUUAAAUUCUCAGAUGUCUGGAUUCAGACUUAAACCCGAGUCACGUCUGACGGCGUUUGGACCGGCGCCUUUCUGGCGUCGGUAAAGCUGAUGAAAGUAUGUAAUCUCUAAGAAGUGUUCCCCCGCGUGGAUUUUCUCGGCUUCGUUAGUUUCCCCGUUGCUGCCUCUUAGAGACGCCAUGCAGACGCUCAGUCGCGCUGCAGCAGGGGAUCAUGAAGGGUCACAGUGGCGUUAGUGAGCAAAAAAAAACCGGUGCCGGAGCCCGUCGCGUCGGUUCUACUGAGGGCUGAAAAAGAAAAGUCUGAAACACACGGGUCAGAAAUCAGAUGGAAAGCCAACCAGCCCGGAAGCUCCUUCGACCUUAGAGGUCGGAGGAAGGAAAAAAAAAAGUGACGGCUAAGGACUGAAGCCUGCUUAAUGUUGUCUUCACCGCUGCACAUGAAGUCGUUUCUCAAAACGUUCCACCCUGAAAAAGGUUGCGUACCCGACGCCCUCUGUGUCCUUUUUCAGGUUGACAGGUUUUUAAAAUAUGCGUGAAAGCUUCCCAGUCCAAAGUGACUCAUUGAGCCGUUUUGUCUAACAGCCCAAAACCUCGUUAUUGGCAGAAAUCCGCCUGUUGUUUAAACGGAAAUAACUCAUGGGGGAGAAAUAGCCAGUUGUUACAUCCGUGACGCUAAAACCAAAAGCUCUUCGCAAAGUUACUUUAAAGCACUUGUCAGAUCGUUUUCUAAUCUAAGAAGAAAAGCAUCCUCUAAUGAGUCUUACAGGAAAACAUGCUAAGUCAGACGUAACAUUCCUUUUGUUGUCUGGAUAAAAAAAGCAGCAGCAGAGGUUUAGUUUCCCUCGCAGCAAAUAAACACACCCUUAGGUGUCGCUAACAUCCCUCUGUGAUUAAAUCACCUAUCCAGUCCUUUAUCUUUAGGACUCAACAGUUCAACUUUUAGGACUUAGGACGUGAAAAGACGUGAGACUAGCAGAGCGCCGACUCGGUCCCGCCUCAGGUUUCUGUUUCUCCGACAAAAAAAGGAGCGUCGCACCGCGGCGGGGCUUCUGCAGGGCAUCCGGUCAAAACGAGGCGCGGCUAGCCUUCAGUGCUUCCUCCCUUUUUGUUCGUUCACGCAUUCAGACAAAACGGGCUCAAAUCGGAUCAGGUCUUUCCACUUCUUCCGUCUGUUGAACGUCGGGAAGAUGCUCAGACUUCUGUGCCAAACUUUCUUUUACUGACUUUUAUCUGCGUGGAAGAGAGUUUCGACUAGGCAGGGGGGGCAGGGACGCUAGUUUAAUCUGGUGACUCCAGCGUCUUAAUAUUUAAGAACAGUAACUGGAGAGAGCUGCCCUGAGCCGAUUGGUUUAGGCCAACCCCGUUAGUGUUUCUAAUCUAUGCAGUUUGGUGUUUUUAGGUUUCGUUUAGCAGUAUUUUAUUCCAAAAAGUAACGGUGUCUGUACAGAGCGGUUUCUCUCAAGCGGCACACGCUCCUCUUACAGACCGACUGACUGGGCCUGAUGGGUUCCCUGGAAAUGGCCGCCUCGUAGUUUAACUAAGAAGGCCUUCACGGUUUCCUCCUCCUCCUCCUCUCGCAGCUAGUUGUUUUUUAAUACCAGGAAGCCUGACGUACGUCUCUGUAUCUGUGAUUCCGGCAGCAGCUACCGUGUCCGGCCGAAUGUGGACGCGACGGCUCCUCCGCUGUUAUGGGGGGUUAAAACGGAACAGAACCCGGCUUUUUCCCUUUAACCUCAGGCGCAGCUCAGAGAGAUGAAUUCAGCCGUUCAGUCUUACCAACGAGACACUUCCUGUUGUUGAUCUUCUAUUUAUUGCAGACGUUCUGUUGGGACUGAAUGCACGGCGAGCGGCUCGACGGAUCCUGGAGCCCCCGCACCGACAUUCAGGCUCUCAGGCCGCCGCCGCCGCCUUUCUUACUGAACUCACUCAUUGACCCGGGGUCGGCUCGAGAGCUGAAAGUGUGUUUGGAGAUGCCUGAAUAAAAUUCAGUCGAAAAGCUAAA